UGAAAACAUGGGUUUUAAUGAAAUCAGGAGUGGGGUGAUUUUAUCCAUCAGAAAUUUUUAUAGAUGGGUUGGUAGUUUUCCCUUGAUUCUGGGUAUGGUUGUUGUGUUCUUCCUCCUCCAUAGAUUUCUUCCGUCUGUGUUCAGCUUUAUGCUCUCAUCAUCCCCCAUUAUUGUAUGCACCGUUAUUCUUCUUCAAGCAUUUUUAAGGUUUGGACAUCGUAAUGUUCACAAAGAUGAGAAGAAAGAGAAAGAUGACAACUCUGCAGAAACUCCUCUGGCCAGUAGGAGAAGAGACAUUACAGACAAGACCAAGUCUUCUGGAUUUAGUUCGCACCAUGGAGAGACCUCCUUCUCUGGGCAGGAGGAGAAGAGACAUUCGGACUCUAGACCUCAUCCAUCUCUUGCAUCUCUUGAGGAUUCUUACGAUAUCUCUGAAUGCUCAAUUGCAUCCAAUGAUGGCAGCUUUGAGAUGGAGGAUGAGGCCGAGAAACUUGAAGAUGGAGUUCAACCUGUGGAAUGGACAGAAGAUGAUGAGAAGAAUCUCAUGGAUCUUGGGACUUCCGAGCUAGAGAGGAACCGAAGACUAGAGAACCUAAUUGCAAGGAGAAGGGCAAGGAAGAUCUCGAAACUGGCGGCAGAGAAGGAUUUGAUUGAUUUCGACAAUAAUGAGUUCUUUCAAAUUCCUGCCAUCACAACAAAGAGAAAUGAACCUCCUCUUGACCUCUCCUACAAUCCCAUUGACGCAAGUGAGUUACCACCAAUUCCAUGUUCAGCUCCUCCUGUUCUUUCGUCAACAAGGAACCCUUUUGAUAUUCCUUAUGACCCACUUGAAGAAAAACUAAAUCUCAAGGAAGGCAGCUUCCAGGAGGAGUUCAUGGCGGUUCUUCAGAAGGAUGUUCACUUCUGCAGGCAUGAAAGCUUUUGUUUGGGGCCUUCGUUCAUGGGAGAGCCUAAGAAAGACAUAUGUGACAGCAAGUUGACUCUUUUCGAAGUAACUGAACAGAAUACAUCCGAGAGAGUGAUGGGUGGAGGCUAUCCUUCCUUCCCUGAAGGAACAACUGAUGAGCCACUUCCUUCUUUGGUUGCAGAUUUGGGUGAUCAGGAAAAGUUCAUUCAACAGGAUUUUUCCCAAGAAGGAACAUUGAUCUCCCACACCGGUUUUGUUCCCGAAAGUGUUGAACAAGAAAGCCAAGCCUCCAAUGAAGUGGUGAAUUCCAAUUCCGAGGACAUUGAGCACGAAGUGAACAAAGAACUGCAAAAGGUCAGCAUACAUGGAGUGGACAAAGAAAUUACCCAUGAAAUGGAUUCUGAAUCGACCACGUCUAACCCAGGUGAAGUUUAUGUGAAACCGGAGGUACCCGGAAAGUAUGAAAGCUUGAGCUCCUCUCCAUCAAAAGAAGAUGAUGAUGAUGCUGAAAGUGAAAAGACCUUCGUUAAUAAUAAAGAUGAGGAAUUGGAAAAUCCGAGCUGCCAUAUUGCAGAGGGAACAGAUUAUAAUCAAAGAGAGGAACCAUAUUAUGAUUCAAGCCUGUCAGCAAUUGAUAAGAAAACCAUAGAAGAGAGUUUGUUUUAUGUGGACAAGGGAGUGAUCCUGACCACCGCUUCCUCCCUAGCUUCAGACUUACAGGUUGAAGUAUCACAAGCAGGCUCACCUCCAACAGCGCUUGAUAGAACCUUUUCACAAAUAGAUGGGGAUUCCUUGGUGUAUGGUGAAGGAAUCACUAAAGAGGAAUUGAGUUGUGGUAGUGAAGUGCCCUAUGAUGCCUCUUCUCAUACUAGUGACGAAGGAAAUGAAUCGAGAUCCAACCACAUAACCAAAAACAGCGAAAUUGAAACUACUAGAGCGGGACAUUCAGGGGACAGUGAUAAUCAAACUGCACCACAUGUGGUGCUGGAAACAGUGGUUGUUGAGCAAGUCUCCUCCCACUCAUUGCCAGAAUCAGCGGUUGUUGAGAAAGCUCCAAUAGAGACAUUCACAUCACCUUAUCCUUCCAUGGAUCAAGUUCUUCUGCACAUUUCUGAUCCAAAGAUCUCUGUUGAUGAGGAGAAAGAUAAAUCGAAAUUGGUACCCUUGAUGGAGGAGCCAAUUGUUCAACCACCCCCCGAAGGAGUUCAUGAAGAACCUCAAACACAAUUCUUGACGGAGGAACCAUCUCUCAAUGGUGAAGAAGCUCAAGAGAUCCCUGUUGAUGAGGGGAAAGAGAAACUGGUACCCUCAAUAGAGGAGCCAAUUGUUCAGCCACCCCCCAAAGGAGUUCAUGAAGAACCUCAGAUGCAUGUCUUGAUGGAGGAACCAUCUCUCAAUGGUGAAGGAGCUCAGGAGAUCCCUAUUGAUGAGGAGAAAGAGAAACUGGUACCCUCGAUGGAGGAGCCAAUUGUUCUGCCACCCUCCGAAGGAGUUCAUGAAGAACCUCAGAUGCAGUUCUUGAUGGAGGAACCAUCUCUAAAUGGUGAAGGAGCUCAGGUGAUCCCUGUUGAUGAGGAGAAAGAGAAUCUGGUACCCUUGACGGAGGAGCCAAUUGUUCAGCCUCCCAUCGAAGGAGUUCAUGAAAAGCCUCAGAUACAGUUCUUGAUGGAGGAGCCAUCUCUCAACGGUGAAGAAGCUCAGGAGAUCCCUAUUGAUGAGGAGAAAGAGAAACUGGUACCCUCGAUGGAGAAGCCAAUUGUUCAGCCACCCCUCAAAGGAGUUCAUGAAUACACUCAGACGCAGUUCUUGAUGGAGGAACCAUCUCUCAAUGGUAAAGGAGCUCACGAGAUCCCUAUUGAUGAGGAGAAAGAGAAACUAGUACCCUCGAUGGAGGACCCAAUUGUUCUGCCACCCUCUGAUGGAGUUCAUGAAGAACCUCAAACGCAGUUCUUGAUGGAGGAACCAUCUAUUAAUGGUGAAGGAGCUCAGGUGAUCCCUGUUGAUGAGGAGAAAGAGAAUCUGGUACCCUCGAUGGAGGAACCAAUUGUUCAGCCACCCACCGAAGGAGUUCAUGAAGAACCUCAGAUGCAGUUUUUGAUGGAGGAGCCAUCUCUCAAUAGUGAAGAAGCUCAGGAGAUCCCUGUUGAUGAGGAGAAAGAGAAAUUGGUACCCUCGAUGGAGGAGCCAAUUGUUCAGCCACCCCCAAAAGGAGUUCAUGAAGAAACUCAGACGCAGUUCUUGAUGGAGGAACCAUCUCUCAAUGGUGAAGGAGCUCACGAGAUCCAUAUUGAUGAGGAGAAAGAGAAACUGGUACCCUCGAUGGAGGACCCAAUUGUUCUGCCACCCUCCGAUGGAGUUCAUGAAGAACCUCAGACGCAGUUCUUGAUGGAGGAACCAUCUCUCAAUGGUGAAGCAGCUCAGGUGAUUCCUGUUGAUGAGGAGAAAGAGAAUCUGGUACCCUCGAUGGAGGAGCCAAUUGUUCAGCCACCCACCGAAGGAGUUCAUAAAGAACCUCAGAUGCAGUUCUUGAUGGAGGAGCCAUCUCUCAACGGUGAAGAAGCUCAGGAGAUCCCUGUUGAUGAGGAGAAAGAGAAACUGGUACCCUCGAUGGAGGAGCCAAUUGUUCAGCUACCCCCCAAAGGAGUUCAUGAAGAACCUCAGAUGCAUGUCUUGAUGGAGGAACCAUCUCUCAAUGGGGAAGGAGCUCAGGAGAUCCCUAUUGAUGAAGAGAAAGAGAAACUAGUACCCUUAAUGGAGGAGCCAAUUGUUCAGCCAAUCCACAAUGGAGUUCAUGAAGAAUCUCAGACGCAGCUCUUGAUGGAGAAACCAUUUGUCAAUGGUGAAGAACCUCGAGAGAUCCCUGUUGAUGAGGAGAAUGGGAAACUAGUACCCUUGAUGGAGGAGCUAAUUGUUCAGUCACCCCCCAAAGGAGUUCAUGAAGAACCUCAGACACAGUUCUUGAUGGAGAAACCAUCUCUCAAUGGUGAAGAACCUCAGGAACAAUCUACAAUUCUGGUGAAUUCCACUGAAGAAACCAAGAUCAUCCCAAGUAGGAACGAGGCAGUAGUUUGCCAGGAUGAGAUAGAGGACAAGGAGAAAUCAAAGCCUAGUGAAGUUAAUGAAGCUGAAUCCACUGUUCACUCAAUUGCAAAGGAAGUAAAUUAUGUAUAUUGGGUUUGA